GAGGAUGACGUCAUGCGCACAAAAAGGGCCUGGAGCCGAGUGCUAUUCCAACAGCAUAAGAUUUGCUAAGGAAGGAGGUAAACUUCUCUUGCAUUUUACAGGAGUUUCAGGUAUUUCGCUGCUUUUUAUUUUAACCUAGCUGUUCAAGAUGUGGAGCAUGUUCGGCAAGAAAAAGGAGACUCCUCCAACAACGCAAGAAGCCAUCCAAAAACUUCGAUCAACGGAGGAGUUGUUGCAGAAGAAGAGUGAUUUUCUAGAGAAGAAAAUAGAAAACGAGUUACAAAUAGCGAAGCAAAAUGCAUCCAAAAACAAACGAACUGCUUUGAAUGCUCUAAAGCGGAAGAAACGACUGGAAAAACAGUUGAACCAAAUAGAUGGGACACUAUCAACCAUCGAGUUUCAGAGAGAAGCGUUAGAAGGUGCAAAUACCAACACAGAAGUAUUAAAGAACAUGUCCUAUGCUGCUAAGGCGCUCAAGGCUGCUCACCAACAACUGGAUGUUGAUGAUGUUCAUGACAUGAUGGAUGAUAUCCAAGAGCAGACAGAACUUGCCGACGAAAUCUCUCGUGCUAUAUCCGAGCCUGCUGGUUUUGGCAUGGAUAUUGAUGAGGAUGAACUAAAUGCUGAGUUAGAUGAGUUGGAACAGUCAGAAAUAGAUAAACAAAUUUUGGAUAUUGGUCCUACAAGUACUGGACUUCCAUCUGUGCCUGAGACAGAACUUCCAUCUCGACCAGCAAAAGCCAAGAAGAAAACUGAAGAUGAUGAUUUGGCCGAACUGGAGGCAUGGGCAUCCUAGGAAAACGAAUACACUAUUCCAAUCGGGCUGUUUAUUAUGAAUUAACAUGUCUUAGUACACUGGGGCAGACUACUAAGCUUCAUAUACUGUACCUAGGAAUCUGUACAAAGCAAUACUGAAAACACAGUAAUUUCAGAAUUAAGCCAAUAGAAAUCCUGCAAGCAGUGUGACAGCCUUCCCUUUAUUUUAUAAAAAUACCCUAUUAUUAUUACAACAUAAUUACUAAAUACUGUGAAUAUUGAUUUUUUUGUUUGUUUAUUUUCACACUUUUGCAUUGCUUGAAAAUAGACAUUGCAAAAAUUCAAAAUCGUUCCAAAUGAGAUUCCCAAGUAUGCAAAAGUUAAUUCACAGUACAGUAGAAGUGACGUUCUUUGUGCAAUUUCUGUACUUAACCCUUAAGCUAGCCUCCUCCGCAGGCAACUCAUAAAGAAAAGGAGGGAAAGAAUGGGUUACCUGUGGCAAAAUUGCGGAGGAAGGAAAUUAAAGUUCAUAAAACCUUUCACUUAUAUCAAUCUAGCUAAAACAAAGCAUAGAAAACUUUCAAAUUCUGAAAAGGGAAUUCAAUUUGAUUGAAAUUUGAAUUUUCUACAGAUCUUUAAAAAUUUUCCUGGCCGCACGAAAGGAGAUUGAAUCGAGUGAACAAUUCCAAGUUUUGGUGGGAAAAUCCGAUACAACGUAUUUUCCUUAAAUCCGUUAAUAUUCAGAUACGGCAAUACCACAAAAUAUUGGCGAAGUGUUGCCUAUUGCAAUUCUUCCCACAAUAAAGUGAAGAAUAAUUUAAAGUCGAGAAUUGUAUGCGAAAAAAGAAAAUAUUGUUUUGUUGUAGGUUUCAAAAAAAGCGCGCGCUCGUGAGAAUGUCGUCAUUCUUGAUUGCGAAUGCAGCUCGCGCGCACAAUGCAAAAACAAUUCAAAGACUAAAAAAUAUCUGCUAAAUUUUGCAAAUUUGUUUCCUGAAGUUAAAUAAUCAUUUGACUACCAGGUUGAGAUAUAAAAAUGACUGUAAAAGUCGUAACCACACAACGUUCUUUAGCAAUAACUAAGAAGACACGAAGAGGGGAACCGGUUUAGCUCGCACAUAUGUUUUCUCAUGUAAUUUGGUUCACAUCUCGAUCUGCUUCACAAAUGACUGGACCCGGGCCUUUCAGUUCACUGCCUUUUUUCCGAAGGUUGACCAAAAUACCUCAAAAUUACAGAUUUGAUUUAUUUGCACGAACGCCUGUUUUAUAAGGUCCAUACGAACCACAUACCAUUUAAAGUCUAUCAACUCUGAAAGGUUAUAUGGACUUUAAGGUUUGUCACUACCAUUUUUUGCCACAUGAAACCCAAUCCUUUUUUUUUCUUUUUCUGCUCUUUGAGAUGCCUGUGGAGGAGGCUACCCUUAAGUCAUUUUUAUGGUAGAUAAUUUGACCAGUGGUGGGUAUCUUUGUAGGAAAAUAAUAGAAAUUAAAAGUAUUGGGAGCUCACAAUGCCACUUCUUAAAGUACAAAAAGUUAAAGGUGAUCUGACUUGGGUGGUGCAUAUUUCAUAGGCUAUGCAAAUGAUGCCAGCAGCUCAAGUAUUGAAUGAUAGAGGGAUAGCUUUAUUUUAUGCUAAGUGUUUUGGAUUUUGAAUAGAAAAUAUAACACUGCUACACAAGUCUGGCCAAUACCAUGUCUUUUUGUUUGAGUUGAAAUGAUGACAAUUGAAUUUUGCCAUAGUCAUGUUUGGACAAAUCUAUGUUCUGUUAAACCAAUAGAAUAUCUGCUGUACAGUUUUUUUUUAACAUUACUCAAGUCAAAUAUAAGGAUUUAUACUUAGUGAAGUAAUCUAUCUAGUGAUCUUUUAUUGAGUAAACAUCAUAACCACA